CGAUAGAUAAAUGAUUGCAUUCACUCACUCCCUCCGCACGGCUCAGACAGUCAGCUGCAGAGCGUUCAAUUGAGCAGCCGGUAGUUGGUAUUCCCUACAGUACAGUAGAGCUCCAGUCCAGCCAGUGCAUAUUUUGAAAAUGGUUUUUCGUGUGAACUCGAUCAAAACUACCCUCCUGGUGCUCUGCGUGAUCGGAAUCGCUCCUUACAGCGUCUCUGGGAUAACCUAUGAGUGUGAAAUAGUGGAAAGAUAUGACAUUCAGGGACAGCGAUUCUGCGUAUUCCGCGACGUACAGUACUCCUCAAACACCACUGACAUAGCGUUCAAAGCCUCGGAUGAGAAACAUCGUGUGGUGUUCGAAAAUUCUCAAAUGCAACACUUACCGAAGGAAUUUCUACAGAAAUUCCAAGAUCUAAAGAUUCUGAACGUUACAGGCUGUAACCUAACGUCGGUUGUUAUUACCAAAUCGAUGGAGGAGUUGAUUGCUACAGAUAACUACAUAAGCAAGAUAUUUGUGGAACAACAUCCGCAAAACUCUACAUUGAAGGAACUUCAUCUGCAAUCGAAUCGAAUAUCGGAUAUAUCAAACGUUACCAGCAACUGUAAACAGCUCAGAAUUCUGGAUCUAAGCAGAAAUCAGUUGCUAGCAGACCAGAGUGAUCUGGAUUUUUCGAAGUUCAACGGACUGGAUCAACUAGAAUAUCUUUCAUUAGCCGAUGUUGGCGCAUUGUAUCUCGUCUACGACAAACCGGUAUCACUACCAUCAUUGACAUUACUGGAUUUAUCGUUGAACAGCUUGCUGCCUGUGGAUCUUCGUGUGGACUACUUCAAGUCGUUCAAACGGCUACAGGUUCUGCGCUUGAACAGCAAUGGCUUCAGCCAACUGGAUUACAACUACUUCACGCAAAUGGAAUCACUCAAGGAGGUCUACCUGGAAGGCAACGAAUUUUCGUGCAAGUAUUUGAAAACCAUGCUUGACCAUCUCAACAACAAGGGUAAGAAAACGCCUGUAGCACGACCUGCCACCCACUGUCCAGCGGGGUACAAUAUCGUCGAGCAAAUGUGCUGCAAAUCGGAGAGUUUAACGAACCUGGUAAUAGGAACGAGAGUGCGAACCAGCACCACCCCCUCUUCAUCGUAUGUGACAGAACCUCAAACUUUACCGUCUGUUUCUCCCGCCAUUGUUACCGAUACGACCAGAAAAACAGUGGAAAUGACGGGAAAAGGCUCUGCCGGAUUUCUUUCGCUAAACUCAGGAAUAGCUUUGUGCGGAUUGUUGGUCAGCUUGUCCUGGGCUCAGAUCUAGGGCUUUCCGAUGAAUCAUCACUAAAUAAUGUAGGAACCACGAGCUUAGACGUUUUUCGCGAUGCUUCUUGCGCUUAGCCUUGACCUUAGCAUUUCCAAAACCAAAACAAAGACUAGCACUUGUAAUUGCAUUACGCGAUUUAACUACAGUACUGAACAGAAGUAUGUUGACUGUCGAGGAAGUUUCGCUCACUGGGUUGUUUGAGGAAAUAAAUAUCAGGCCAAACAUUUCAAUAGGUCCUAUCUGCAUUUGACAGGCUCUCUUUGUUCGCUUUCUCUUUCAAUUAUUGCAAAGUAAUGGUACACUUUUCAACUAUUUUUGCAGUACAUAUCAAAAGACGAUUGUUUUGACCAUCGUUCAAUACAAGGAGAUAAUCAUAAUACAAAUAAACAGCUGAGAUAUUAACGAAAGAGAGGAAAACCAAAGAGAGCCUCUCUUCAGCAGAUAGGACCUUUAGACAUGUUUCGCCUGAUAUGUUUGGAUUUCGAUUGGUUUAUUGAUUUGAUACAUGUUUCUAAAAAGGGUUCUCGAGAAUUUAAACAAUUUGUAAAAUAUCAUAGUACACAAUAUCAUCAAUGAUUCAUCAUAUUACUCAUUUUGCUCUUUUAGGACUGUGUAUUCACAUAUAAUUCUUUUAAAGAAACCCAGGUAUCGACUGCCUACAGCGGAUGUCUAAUACACUAGGAGAAAGUUUCAGUAUAUCUAAUGGCACUGGCUACGAAUCAGUAUGGUGGGUCAACAUUGGGGGAAAUUAAAAGCUGAUCAAACUCGAACAGAGUUUUUCUCCUAAGGGACUCACAUAUGUAUGUGCUGAUUAUGUAAAAUAGACUGGUUGACUGGUCCAGCUAUUCUAAUGUCGAAAAGUACUACAGGGCAUUUCCCUAGGAAUGUACUUUUUGGUGGGAAGAGCAACCUGUGAAAGAUUUAGUGCAAGUGAUGCAAAUGAGUUGAAAUCUGUAGAUCUGUACGCAUCUUAGUACUUGACGCUUGCACGGUGUACAACAUUUAGAAGGAGAUACAUUCUGGAAAUCUAGCAGUUUUUGGAUGAUGUAAUUCAAAUCGAUCUUAGGCGUAAGCAAAUUGAGCUAGUACUCCACAUCAAUUUGAUCAACAUAAAGGACGAUAACAACGACUUCACAUCCAAAAUUGAUGUGGAUAUACAUAGGUAACUAGCCUGCCUUGUGAAAUUGUAUACCGUGGGCGCUUGGUUGGCCGUCGACCGUGUUCGAUAUUCGCAGGUAUGUCCUUUCGCAUUUGUGUUGAAAAUGACAGCAAGCCCUCCGUUGGUAGUCUCAUCCUAGGAUAGGAUGCGUCACGUAGUAAUUUGAGACCAAUUUGCUGUCAAACGGAGACCAGUCGCUGAUUGGUUGAAAUUGGUAUUCGUUUGCUGCGAUCAGAUCGCUUUGUUGUUGGCUUGGCCGUGUUGCUAGUUUGUAGGUUUGGCAUUUGAUAACAGUAUUUAAAAUCAUUGUAUUUUAUUAUUCGAGUUUUAUCGUGUCAAAUAUGUUGGCAGUCAAAUGUAAAUCAACCUAAAGUGACUCCCAGCCACGCCUGAACAUUGAUAAACACAAUUGAUUUAGUGCGAAAUCAAUUGAACUUUUGAUUGGAAUUAUUCCACUAUAAAUUAAAGAACUUUGCGUUUGAAAGCAAUUUUACUUGCAUAUUAUGCUAUUCCAAUUGCAAAUACUGCUUUAUGGUGCGAAAUACGCAUCAACAUUAUAAACUUUAAAUUUGGAUUUGGAAUAAAAAAAAAGUGGCAGCACUGGAUUUUCAUCGUCGACGAAAUCGAACAGAAAAAUAUCGAGGCAGGCGAAUUUCUGUUGUCACAUCCUAUCCUAGGUAUCAGCAUACCGAGAAUCCUCUCCGUUACACAGCUUCUUUCGUCGUUGGAACCGUCCUUCCUCCCAAGUGGAUGAAAAUUUCGGCAGAGUUGGAGCGCCAACCACUGAUUUCAAAUCCGCCCUUUCCGUGGAUCAUUUUCACCUCAGUGGCUACUUGUCGAAUUCUUUCGCCGUGUCGAAACUAUCCAAGUUGUCUUGUCGUUCACGUAAUUGCACUUGUUAAUUCCUUUCACCGCCCUGGGAUAGUGCUGAACGAAGACCUCUGCAUUCGUGUUCUUGAUAAACAGCGCGCUACAAGGAGAACAGGUAGAACAAAAGGGGCCACAUUUAUGAGAUUAUACGUCUGGCUCCCUUCUUGAAACUUCCCUCAUCACGAAACUCUGUGCAUGGCGGCCUUCUGGACGAAUGCGGAGCUGGUGAAACAUUUCAAUUAAUAACUAUGGAAGUGCUCAAAGAACACCAAGUUGAAGAGGUAGGCCAAGAUCCAGUGGGAACGUAGAGCCAUACAGAAGAGAAUAAGAAGAAGCAUUCCACCCGUCAAAGGGCCAUGGGGUAGCUUUCCGGAAAUUCAAAUUGGUCGAAUUUCCAAAGAAGCCCAGUUUCAAAUCUAUCCUUCCAACGUACAGUCGUAGCACAAUUAUGGGUCACCCACAAUUAUGGGUCAAUCUCAUUUGAAUAGCAUAGUGAACUGACUGACAAAUAAUUGUGACAGAGUGACCCAUAAUUGUGCUAUGACUGUACUGUAGUGAAAUUCAGAAUCAUCCUUGCUCGCAUGGUUUCAGCUGUAUCAAGCUGAACCGCUGGCAUGGCACCCGUAUCUUCUUGCUCGAAAUACUGUUUGAACGACAUCGUGAAGGUCCUUCUCUGGCUGUGAUUGCAUGAUGUGGCAGUAUACUCAGACGAAUUUCGCAUUGGUACUUCCACCGUAGACGCGCACCAGCCAAGUCUGGUAUUGGUAGCGACCGGAUCUCCUUGUCCUCCUUCCUUUACAUUGAGCGGCAAUAACAGAUUCAGCUGGUCCAAUCCAAUGGCACCGCAUUGUCAUAUCCUGAUAUGGGAAAUUCUUUCAUAUGGAGGAAUUGUUGGGUCAACCGGUUCAAAUUUAGCGUCUGUGUUGGAAGCUUAAGUUCAGACACUGUUCUUGCGCACCGAACUGGAAAGGACUUGCUCCCAUUCAGCUCCGAUAUACUGAAGGAAACUGCCUCAGAAUCUGUGUCACACUCCAGUUGAGGUACAGUUUUUUAUUUGGUCCAGACUCGUCGAGCCGUUCGGCUGUUGAUUUUUCCAUCAACCAGCUUUAGGUUAGAGCCAUCGUCUAUUUAGAAAGGCGUGCGUAUGUAUUUUCCCAGCCUUUCCUGUCAACGUAACGGGUACGACCUGGUACAACGUUUCCAAUAGUUGAUCCCGAUGUGAAUGUUUCUCGGCGGUGAUUGGUCCAACUUGGAUUUCCGACUUGAAGUGAAGUAGUGGGUGGUACUUGUAUUCAUACCCCAGGGAUACCACAUUUAGCAGAUAGCCGAAAAUGACUCCGGCCAUGUGAGUUCAAGCAAAUGCGACAAGCCUUGAGCCUGUGGAUACAGCGCCUACGAUUCUCAAAGUUGAACUCUAAGAACUGCGGCAAAUCUGUUUUUUCGCAGACUGGACAAGUGCGCGAUGUCGCUUCUUGCUUCGUAACCGUGCUCGUACUCGGUAGAUUCCUCUUCUCUUCUGAUCGGUGGCUCGACGUUCUCCGGAACAUUUCACCAAUGUAGUCACCUGACUUGCCGCUACAACCAUGUGUGACAUGUACGAUACAAAGGUCUGCAGUGUGAGCACUUUCUCCUGACGCUAUCACAUGGUCGCCUUGCAGUUCCAUUCCGAACUUGAUCAUCGUUUCUAGACGUUCUAUCAUUGGAGCUGGAGCAAGUCGUACUCUGUUCAGCAGAGCGGUUAAGAACAAUCCUGGACGACCGAACAGUACCCGCAGUUUUUCUACUACCUGGGGCACUGAGGCGGGCAACAUCAGGCUGCUACGUACAGAUUACCGAGCGUGUCUUUUCAAGCAUUGUUGCAGCCUGAUAAGGUUUUCGGCGUUGCUAAACCCGCAAUUCUCUGAGGUGAUUUUAUACUGACUAGUAAAUAUUGGCCACUCCUCUGGGUUGCCGUCAAAGACAGGAAGAUCCUGAGAAACUCACUCUGUCAGUGGUUUGACCAGGAAUAUCUGCUUGUGGUACGUUUUGUACAGGAAGUACCACUCGUCUAACUAGGCACUUCUGCGAGGACGUUGGUAAAUCUACAACUUAGAAGAGGCGUAUACGAAGGGCAGCGGCGGUACAUCGAUGUUAGCGUCGCCUUCCACGACGAUGUUUGGCGGUGCUAUCGGCGUUGGAUAGCAUGACAGUCGCAGUCGUUGGUGAAGUAGUGCUUGAGAAAAUGAUGCACGUGGCCGAGGAGUUGGAAGUGUGUGCGGCGCGAUGCUUCGCUUGGCGGUUGGGACAAGUGCGGAUGCUUCUAAUCCUUGAAUUAUGUUUCUGCUUAAACUAGGUCGUACAAGUAGCGUAGAUUGAUCAGCUGCAAGGUAGGACGAAACUAGAUUUCUCUCCUCCAGAAAGGGUUUCUCCAGUUCUUCUUUUUCCAAUACCUGCUGCCGUUCUUGCUCUAGCAGCUUCUUCUUUAAAGCCUUCUUCUGGAGGAUCCGAUUACGACGAAUCUGCUGCUCUUCCUGCAGUUGUUGCAGCUCCAGCGCUUCAUUGCAGCUAACUCGUGGUUCAUUCUUUGCCGCCACAUACCGAGCUCAUCUACACCGUCGAAGGCCAUUCUUAGCACUCGACGCUUGAAUACUAAGAGUAGUUGUAGGUCUCCCUCAAACAUAGUCCAUGUCCAGUGCCCAUAGAGGUAAGCCAGAUCUCAUAAGCGUUACGUAUAUGGUACAUUUGGAGUGGAAGCAUUUUUUACUGUAGUUUCUUCUGGAUCCCGUAGUAGGCAAGACUUUGACUGAUGAUACGCUUUCGCAUUUCGAGACACACUAUGUUGUUAGUCAUUAAUGAGGAUCCAAGUCGAUGGCCGUCUUGAUGGCUACUGUCGGAAUACCCUCCGGAGCCUUGUUCAACUUAAACCAAUUGCGAUGAGCUCGUCAUUCGUCACCAGGGCGACUUCGCUUUGGCCGAUUUGAUCAUAGGAGACGAGGUCGUGGUCUUAUAUAAUGGAGCGGGAACAACGUUUCCACGAUCUUCGGCAGCAUCUUGGAGAGCGUUCUGGGGAUGCUCUCUCGCCCGUCGUUUUGGCCAUGACUACUCUGUAGAAACCACCCCAAGGGGUCGUGUUGGCUACCCGGUAGAGAUUUUCGGAGCACGCCCGCUUACGAGCCUUUAUCUCUUUAUAUUUACAGUGUCCGUUUAGUCGCCCUCCAUUCUACCCUCCUAUGUAUGUGCGACAACUCUACAUAGUUUGUCUAGCUCUUAGGCAGGAUGCGUUCUGUGUGUUCUACGAUCUCUAGACAGCACCUGUAUACCGGUUUGCGUCCAUUUCUGGGUAGGGAUCGCCUUGGCAUUGCGGCUUCGCAUGCACGGCUGAGAGUUCCGACUAGCUCAUCGUUGGAUAGAUUGUCAGUUUUACCCUACAUAAGCAAUCGCUCCACAAAUGCCGACGUAUCGAAGCACGAGGUUAGCCAUCUCCGAUGACGAUUGAUGACCUUCAGCUGUGGCCGUCUUCCUUCGUCUUCCAACGUCGACCCUCCAGCCCGAGCUAGGAUUUCAACCCGGGCUCCAGAAGGUUACAAUAAUGAUGGACUCUGCACCGUUCCUACUGUAGGGUUAGGCAACAAACGUUCGCGACAUCCACCCUCAGUCUAACCAUAGCAUCGAGUAGAGCCCAGCCUCUCGCUCUAGGUAGUCAAGCGGCUACCCCACUAAAUCGCCCAGGGGUUGAAGUCUCCACCGAUGUCCACGGGACUCAAUCCCACUAGUGCGCUUGAUAGCGUAUCCAGCAUAGACGAGAACUGGUCCAUCGGCCACCUGGGAGGAGCAUAAAAAUUGCAGUACUACAUUGCGAAGCUCUCGUGCGACGUAGCAAUUAUUUCUUAGAUCGGAGAACGACUGGUUGUACAGAUCGCCGCUAGCUUGGCCUGAUCCGCUAUCCAGUUCCCGUUAUCGGAAAGGAUGCGGCAUGGGGUCCGAUAGUACAGCGAUGUCUGUUCUUGACUCCGAAACGGACUACCACAGCAACAGCUGUGCGGCUUUACAGUGCUUCAGGUUUAGCUGUGUACCUGUAUUAUCAUCGUCAGUUAGUUCGACCUCUUUGCGUACCGGGACAUUCAGGCCCGCUCGUCGUGUGACCCUCGAUUGCCGUGCAAAUCAGACGUUUUGGUGCCGAGUUGCAGUCCCUGGUGAUGUGUACUUACACUCCGCACUUCCUGCAGAGUUUACUCCUGUUGGGAUCUUUGCACGCCAACGACUUGUGUGCUUGAUCGAAGCAAUUGAAACACGCCUCUGAUGGCUAGUACAUGCUGAGCGGGUACACUGACCAGCCUACUUUAUCGUGGCGAUCUGCGUGCCUGUCGACCCUUUCGUAGGCGGCUCGUACGGCCCUCAGCACUCCUGUGUUCAUGUGUGCCAUGCCUCGGAUUAGAAAACCAGCGCGUCGCUCCGUUCGCGUUUGCGGACUGAUUUCACUUUUCUCACUACCUUCUUCUUUCCAAUCGUAAUCCAAGGGUUUACUUUCCCUUGAUACGGUUGGCCACCGUUUUUCUUAGGGUUGCCCUCUUGGGGCUUGGUUUCCCUGCCCCUUGCGCGUUUCGCAACCGACCCUGCAGCCUGGUUACUCUCGCUGGCCGUCCCUUUAUUUCUGUUUGACUUUUCGUCCGCCUAUGUCGGAUGCUUCUUGGGCUGCGUCUCCUCGGCAGGUUUCGACCAUGUAGCUCGAGCCGCAGAGCGGUUUGACAUUUCGGCUGCGCUGCAUGGUUUCUUUCUGCAUCGACGCAUUGCCAGAAAAGAGGACGCUGUCCGUUUGGGUAUACCGCUCCUCCCAGCUUGCAUCAGCCGCACUCCGCUCUUCGACCAGGAGAUCUUACUCCGUCUACGAUUUGCGGAGCUUCAGCAGGCCCUGUAUCAGGUCCUUGUUGAUGGUAGUCCGCCCGCUCAUGUAGCCAAACAGCUCGUCCAGCUGUUCGACAACCACCACAUCUUUGGUAGACCGGUCCUGUUGCGGUUCAGUGCCCACGUUCAACACCGUUCCCUCUGCCUCUCCACUCUCGAAUACAUUGUUGCUGGUUCAUGGAUAUAGUAGUCGUCAUUUCUGUUGGGUCGAUGUGCUGCUUCCACCUUUCAAUUGCCAAAUGUUCUUUUGCACGAAGCCAUUACGAGAUGCGUUGAGCUUCUGGUAUAACCUGCGUGUUUUUCUGGAACGUCGCUGCAGUGCCAUUCCCUUACACUCCAAGUCUUCCAGGCGGUGUUUUUGCUCCCGAAAGAGGCGUGUCUGUUGCGUUCAACCGAACAGAAAUAAAUUAGUUGGAAUAUAAUUUAUUACUUUGGAAAUCUUCUAUAAGCGCUUCCAGUACUUUCCCAGCUUCCACUGGCAGCUUUACUGGAUAACAAUGCAAUUUUUACAUGACUUUUCCACAGUUGGUAAGUAAUGUCUAAAAGAAAGAAAACUUGGGCUUUGGAUUUUUUACCCAUGUAUCGAUUACAAAUAUUUGUGUGAAACACAUGUUCUUUAUCAAAGGAAAGAGAAAAACUAGGGCACUUGCAUUUAUUUUUAGCGCCGAAACUACCAUCGACGACGGUUGUCAUACUGAUGUUUGGUACUGUACCCACCUUCCAAAGCAAGCAACGCAAGUAAAUUCUAUUCUUACAAUGCCAGUUACAACUUAAACGCCACAUGUUUGCCCAGCUGAUUGAAUUAGAAAUACAAGCAGAGCAUAUUCACAUGCAUGCAGUAGAAUAGAUGGAAGUGCUCUUACGUAUUGCCAGCAGCGCGACACAUGGUUUGGAUUUUCCGCGCGUAUCGGAAGUAUGUAUUUGCGUGUAUUUUUUGGAUAAAGCCAAUUCUAUGUGUGUUAGCGGCGUCGUCGUCAUCACCGUCGACGACGUCUUCAAGGUGCAUUAGCUUGAUUAAGAGACAUCGCAUAGCGAAAAUGACCAAAGUCAUAGUGAUAAGAAUGGGGAGCAGGUGCUUUUGGAUAUCGCAACGAAAAGAGGAACGAACGAACGACGACAGAACGAUGAAUGAGGUAAUUCGAUAAAGGUGCAAUCAUUGGCAUAAAAAGGUCAAACAAAUUUGAGAAGGAAUGGCCAACAUAUGUUAACAAAUGUGUAGUUGUAGAACAUAAGAAGUAUGACAUUAUAUAUGCAAGUAACGUUCAAGGUGUUGAACGAUAUUUCAAGAAGAAAAAACAACAACAUAACAACAUAAACCCUUUGUAGCCAUAUUAUACUUAGAAGAAAAGUUUUUUUUUUAAAUUUUGAACAUGUUUCUUUGAAUCUUAUACGUUGAUUAUUUGUAACACAUUUCAUCCCUUAACAAUUAUUUAAAAUAUGAUAUAAGCCCGAAUCAACAGCAUAUGGCGACCGUCAGUGAUCGGUAUACCUGUUUGGCUUAGUGUCAUAUUAACCACUGACAACGUCAUUUGAACUUUGAGGAAAAAUGAGUCGCCAUAAUGUUGUUUCUUGUAGUGCCGUUUUAAAUGACCAUUAACAUUAUGAUAUUUUCUUGAAAUUUGACUUGGAUGGGUACCUGUUAUCUGAGCUAUCGUUUCAAAUGUAAUUGAAAUAGUUUUUUUUUGGUUAAUCAUAUGGAAUAUUGUCAGUGACUUUUUGAGUAUUAAAGAUUCAAUUAGUAAUAAAAAAUACAUAUUUCUGUUAUGGAUAGUUUGAAUACAUUUUAUUCCAAACAAGCUAUUUAACCAAGUAUUCAAUAAAACGAGGCAAUUUCCUUGUACAAAACCAAACCAUCGAUUCUAGUCUUUUAAACGAAAUAUUAUAUGGUGCAAUUUCCUGCUUCAGGUUGUGUUGCUCUAUUUAAUAACAAUUACUGUUAAUUGCAUUUAAACAAACUUUCCAUGAGGCUGAAAUUGCGGUAGGGCUAUUGAUUGUCUUGAAAUAACUUAACUAGAAAGCUUCUGAAUAUCAUCGAACACCCUUUUUAAUCUUCGAUUUUAAAUAAUACAAGCAGAUUAUUAAGAAAAACAAUUACAUCUGAACGAAGUAGAUUUGACCAUUACCAGAUAUUGUAGGGAUUUUAGUGCCAUUGUGCAAAUUUUUAGCAUAGGGGAAAGUCCAGUGAGAAUAAAAUUCAUUCAUCCAGCAGGUAGACACGGUAGCAACCAUUAAAAGAAGUAAAAAACACACGUUCGUCCAUAACGAUUGGUGCAGCUAAAUGCAGCAGACAGGCACAGUGCAGUCAAACUGUAGUGGCUUUUGUACAUUAUUCAUACCAAACUCACUUCGCGAGCGUAAGUAAAUGCAUACCCAAAUUUUGUAAACGCUUUUCGUCAGCAGUCAGUUUUUGCUAAUAUGAAUCUACUCGUUUUGUAGCAUGUGAUACACACACAAUAAAGUCAACAGUUUUGCUAACAUAA